AUGGUGUUUUAUUGCCGAUGUUUCUCGUUCGAUGAUGACAGUAGGAAGAUCGCAAAUGAAUCCAGAACUCUAACAAAACCGAGGUCGUCAGUAUCCUCAAAUUUGGCCGGAAAACCAAACAGUUUGAGGGUUUUCACAGUCGCAGAGCUCAAGGUCGCAACUAAUAAUUUUCGCAGUUCUUGGAAGAUCGGAAACGGUAGAUAUGGAAGUGUAUAUAAGGGUAUGGUCAAGAGUUUGGAGCAUCCUUUUGAUAGGAUCCAGGUCAUUGUAAAGCACCUCAAAGGAGUAACGAAGGAUCACAAAGAUUGGUUAUCGGAGGUUCAUUUUCUUGGGGUGGUUGACCAUCCAAACCUUGUAAAACUAGUUGGUUAUUGUACCGAAGAAAAUGAAAGAGAAAUUACGCAACUGCUUUUAGUCUACAAAUACAUGCCUAACAGAAGCGUGAGGGAUCAUUUAUCUACAAAAUCUGAAACACCUCUCUCAUGGGACAUGAGGCUGAAAGUAGCUCAAGAUGCUGCAUGUGGCUUGGCAUAUCUACAUGAAGGAAUGGACAUUCAGAUUCUUUUCAGGUAUUUCAAUUCUUCCAAGCUCCUUCUAGAUAAUCAAUGGAAUGCUAAGCUUUCGGAUCUUGGGGUGGCUAUGGUAGGUUCUCAAAGAGGAGACAUUGAUGACCAUGACCUCAUAGAAACAAUGGCAUAUGUGGCUCCAGAGUACAUCCAUACAGGGCAUAUGUCAUCCAAGAGCGACGUGUGGAGUUACGGGGUCUUUCUAUAUGAACUUAUCACGGGUAGGCAACCAUUCGAUAGGAAUCAACCUAAAAACGAGCAAAAGCUAAUAGAAUGGGUGCGACCUUACGUACAAUCCAAAAAUCUCCAGCCUAUCAUUGAUCCAAGACUUGAAGGUAUAUAUUCACUCAAGUCAGCACAGGCGUUAGUCACUAUAGCUGAUCUUUGCUUAAAAAAGAACCCGAUGUCAAGGCUAAAGAUGAGUGAGGUCCUAGAACUGGUUAUUGGAGUCACUGGGGUUCCAUCACAAGUAAUUAGUUCUCCACCAGCUCCCAGUAUAGAGCCUGUUAACCCAUCAAAAGUAACCAAUCCUGCAUCAACUUCCAAGAGUAUAGUCCCAGUGACACGGCUUUCAAAGCUCUUGAAAUCUUGGUUUAGAAAGGUUUGUUCUUGUGUAUGCGUGCGAAUUAGCAAAUGA